UUUCCUGCCUAAAGGUUUGGAGUGUAAAUGGCCCGUGACAGCGCUGUAAUUAAGGUUUUACUUAUUCUCACUUUCUCUGUUCAUCUUUCAUCAGCAGACACACACAAUCUUCAGUUUUUCUACACUGGAGUCACAGGACUGAAUUUCCCAGAGUUCACUGCGGUUGUUCUGCUGGACGGAGAGCAGAUUUUGUACUAUGACAGUAACAUCAGGGAGCCGAUCCCAAAGACGGAGUGGGUCCAGAAGUUAAAGUCUGAUGAGCAACUUUACUGGGACAGUGUGACCGAGAGGAUGUGGGCUCAAGAGGAAAGUUUUAAAGUAAAUGUGGGUACAGCAAUGCAGAGCUUUAAUCAGACUAAAGGAAUACACACAUGGCAGCGGAUACUAGGUUGUGAGCUCGAUGAUGAUGGCACUUCUAGGGGUUACAUAGAGUACGCUUGUGAUGGAGAAGAUUUCAUCAGUCUGGAUCUGAAGGCUGUUUCCUGGAGUGCAGCCAAACCUCAUGCAGUGAUGACUGAAAGCAAGUGGGAGUCUACAGGACAACAGGCUGAACACUGUAAAGACUUUCUCAGGGUUGAGUGUGUCGAGCGGUUAAGAAAGUUUGAGUCGUACGGCAGAGACAAGAAGAAGAAGAAGAAGAAUGUUGUUCCUGAGGUGUCAGUGUUCCAUAAACACUCUCAUUCUCAAGAGGUGGUGUGUCACGCUACAGGUUUCUUCCCCAAAGCAGUGAUGAUCACCUGGCAGAAGGACGGAGAGGACGUGCAUGAGGACGUGGAGCUCAGAGAGACGUUACCCAACCAGGAUGGAAGCUUCCAGAGGAGAAACAUUCUCAAUGUCCCAGCUGAGGAGCUGCAGAAACACACCUACACCUGCGUGGUUCAGCACAGCAGCUUGGAGAAGGAGUUGGUGCGAGAAGUACCAAAAGAUGGAGCACCUGCUUCUUACAUUAUCGGUACAAUCGUGGCUGUUGUAGCGCUAGUUGCCGCUGUUGCUGGAAUUGUCCAUUGGAAGAAGAAGUCUGACUUCAGACCUGUUUCACAAUCCUCAGUGAGCUCCUGUGAAGAAGAUUCUUCCUCCCUUAAUUCCACCAUGUGAGGGUGCAGAUUGUCCACUUCUGUUUUUUGUUUUUUC